GAACCUUCCACGGGGGUGGGGGGGAGAAGGACGCCGGGGCCGACACAUGACGAGAGACGGGUGCUGCUGCUCGGGGACUAUCUGGUUAUUACACGUCCGAAGCGGAGGACUUUUGAACUGCAUUGACUUUUUUCCGUUUGUGAUAUUUAAAAGUGAUUAGCGACUGCUGCGGAGAGGCUAGCUAGUUAGCUAGCCAUCCGCCAUCUCCCCUCUCUUUUUCGGGAGCGAUUGGGCCGUGUGUCUUCCGCCAUGGGCAACGCUGCCACAGCCAAGAAGGGCAACGAGCUAGAGAGCGUAAAAGAGUUUCUAGCCAAAGCCAAAGAAGACUUCUUACGGAAAUGGGAAUGUCCACCACAGAGCACGACGUGCCUAGAUGACUUUGACAGAUUAAAGACUCUGGGGACUGGCUCAUUUGGAAGGGUCAUGCUUGUGAAACACAAAGGAACAGAGCAGUACUUUGCCAUGAAAAUACUGGAUAAGCAGAAGGUUGUGAAACUUAAACAAAUAGAACACACUUUAAACGAAAAGAGAAUAUUACAAGCCGUCAGUUUCCCUUUUCUCGUCAGACUCGAGUACGCAUUCAAGGACAACUCCAAUUUGUACAUGGUGAUGGAGUAUGUUCCCGGAGGAGAGAUGUUCUCGCACUUAAGACGAAUUGGGAGGUUCAGUGAGCCGCACGCGCGCUUCUAUGCCGCCCAGAUAGUACUAACAUUUGAGUACCUCCAUUCGCUCGAUCUCAUUUACAGAGAUCUAAAGCCUGAGAACCUUCUUAUUGACCACCACGGCUACAUUCAGGUGACAGACUUUGGAUUUGCCAAGCGGGUGAAAGGCAGAACUUGGACAUUAUGCGGCACACCGGAGUACCUGGCCCCAGAAAUCAUUCUCAGCAAAGGCUACAACAAAGCUGUGGACUGGUGGGCCUUAGGAGUCCUCAUCUAUGAAAUGGCAGCCGGCUACCCUCCGUUCUUUGCAGACCAACCCAUUCAGAUCUAUGAGAAAAUUGUCUCUGGCAAGGUACGCUUCCCCUCCCACUUCAGCUCGGACUUGAAGGAUCUGCUGAGAAAUCUGCUGCAGGUGGACCUGACCAAGCGUUUCGGCAACCUGAAAAACGGCGUCAACGACAUCAAGGGCCACAAGUGGUUCGCCACAACGGAUUGGAUUGCAAUCUACGAGAGGAAGGUGGAAGCGCCGUUCAUACCAAAGUGCAGAGGCCCCGGUGAUACUAGCAACUUUGACGACUACGACGAGGAGGAGAUCCGUGUUUCCGUCACGGAAAAAUGUGUGAAGGAGUUUGCCGAGUUUUAGGAACGUGACAUGCGACAACAGGAUAUGUCAGGGAAAUAAAGGGAUCUUUGCACUCUUCUGAGGACUUGAAAAUUUAGCAGAGACCACGUUUCCUCCCGCCGUCUUAUCCUGCCCACUUGUUCAACACACACAGCUCAGUGAGGUUGCCAUGAUCUUUUGGUGCCGAAAACCUUACUGUCACUUACACCUGCGUAUUAUAGCAGAACUUGCCACCUUUUCUUUUUCUUCACUUUUUAUUUUGUUCUUUUCAAAGGAGGUAGUCAUUGUCACCCCCUUUUUUAAAUGGACAAAUAGUAAGAUGACAAAAGGGAUGGGCUCAUGUUGCAUUCAUGGUCCAAUUUUGAGAGGUAGCAUUUGUCAUUCUUUGUGUUUUGUAUAAUGCCGAGUGUUUAAGGGGCGACUGAAGAGAGAGUUUGCUCUCUUUCUUUGCUUUUAGCGAGAGAGAAAGCAUCAACCUCGGUAUUCCUGACCCCAGGCGCUGAGAAUUAGCGAACUUGUUACAUUGUUACACGUUAUUUGUUACUCCAGUUUUUGUCCCAGUGUGUAAUAGUCAUGUUUUCGUUUGAUUUUUCUCCUAAUACUUCAUGUCUAAUCAUAAACACCAUUUGUUACAAUACAAUGUGACUGAUGACUGACAUUUUAGAAGUGAAAGGAAGUCCUUUCAAGAUUUAAAAAACAAUUUUGUCUAAAACUUGAGAGGUCAGUAUGAAUAGUGUUGGAGCUUUGUGCUUCAGCGUGGUAAGUCAAAUCUUUAAGGAAAAGAAUUUAAGACUGAAAAUAGAAUAAUGAAACUGCAGCUCUUUUUUUGUGACCGCACGUGAAGGAUUGUUUUUGUUAUAUUUUAUCGAAGAAUGUGGAUCGCAUACUUAUUAAGCGUGCAUUUUUGAAGGCUUUGAUUUUAAGGUACUGUUUUACCUCACCCAUACACUGACUAAAUGAAGAACUCCUUUGCAUCACAUGUAACCCUGUUAUUGUUCAACUCAUUAUAUGUAUAUGCAUUGUUUCAUAUGUAUUAUUUAUACACAUUAGAGAUGCUAUUAAAUUUUAUUUUUAAAAUUG